AUGGGCUGCUCGCUCUCGACGCCCACCCUGCCCUCCGGCGUACACCUCGCCGAUGCCGUCGAGGCGCACUUUGGCGACAGUCCCUCCGGUCCGGAGCUCGCUGCGGCGCAGGAGCAGCUCGUGAGGAGCAUCGAGCAUAUCAACGCGGCUGACCGCGACGGCGUGAGCCUCCUGGACGUGCAGCGCGGUGUCUUCAACCUGCUGCAGGCCGGCGCGUACCGCACCUUCAGAGUGGCGUACGCCGCCGACUACCACACCCACAAGCGCGACCACAGCUACCCGUACCUACUCUCCAACUUUGUCUCUUUUGCGGGCGCUGUGCUGGACCUCUACAUGGCGCUCAAAGUGGUUGACGCGGCGCACCAGCCAUCGGUGGACGCGCUCAAGGCGCUUCUCGGCUCGCUCGAGGCAUCGAUCCGCAAGCAAAUCAAAAACUGGGGCCCCGAGGACGAGGCCGCCUUUGAGGCGAGGACAGCGGCGGUCGAGGAGGCUGCCCCUCCGCCUCUGCCACCGGCCGCGCCACCGCCGCCGGGCUUCCUCGCCCCGAUCGCAGCCUCCGCGAGGCCGCUGUACAGCCGUGACGCCGCCGCCUUUGCGGAAGGCUUCGGGAGCGACUACUCUGGCGACUGGUCGCGUUACCUGAGCCGCUACAAUCGCGUGCUACUCGACCCGUCGGACGACUGGGCCGCCAACGAGAGGCGGGGCGGCGCCAUCGCGCCGGUCGCCUUCUGGUACGAGCGCUUCAUGCCGCUGCUGCUCGAGGUUUGCUCGCUCGGCGUCGAGGGGUACGCGGCCACCGACGAGGACGCGGCGGCUCUCGACGGCUGGCUCGCCGAGAUGAGGGCGGCGCGCAACUUUGACAAGUACGGAGCCGACGUGUUGGCCGGUUGGGGCAAGUGCUCCGCCUCGGUCAAGCUGAGCAUCAAGCGAGCCUGGCGGCUGUCGAGGCACUACCUUCUCGGGCCCCAGAAGCAGCGCGAGCGCUCGAGCGAGUCGGGCGCGGACCACCGCGAGACGGGCGACCUGUCGCAGUACGUCGCCUUCCUGGACGUCUACCUCGGCCGCUCCUACGUCGAGAAGGCCGGGAUGAGGCUCACCUUCCCCUACUGGGUGGGGCCGUCGACAUGGACCUGGCACCACUUUCUUGGCGAGCGGGCGGCCGAGCUCGUCGCGGCCGGCGACGCGGCGGGCUCGGCGGCAAUCGUGGACGGCUUCCACAGGUACAUGGGCCUCUUCGUGACGAUGUACCCAUGCCCGUACUGCCGUCACCACCUAAACGAGUACGUGGUCCGCAACAAGGAGAAGGACCUCUACCCGGUCGAGUACGUCUUGCUCGGCUGGACGCCGUCUGCCGCCGACGAGGAGGGCACCACCACGCCCUCGCUCAAGCUCGCCUACGUGACUGAUGCCACGCGCCUGCGCCUCUUUGUGUGGAAGCUGCACAACGCCGUCAGUGGCUCGAUCGAGCGCUCCGAGGAGUGGUACAAGGCGACGGACUCGAUCAACACUUCGCGCUACUGGCCCAACGUGUACUCGACGCUCCACCGCGCGGGCGCGCACUCGGGCGCCGUCUCCGCCGCGCGGAUCGCCGGCAUCCUCGACGUGCUCGACUCGGCCGUCAAGCUCAGCCUGCUGCGGCCGUCCAUCCUCGCGCUUCAGCCGGGGCAGGCGGCCGAACUGGCCGAGAUCGCCGCGCCGCUCGUCGACGAGCUCGACCAGGCCCUCCUCGGCACGGGCUUCCUCGCGGAGGCUUACGGCUGGUCCGGCCGCGUCGACGACAAACCGCCCGACGUCGAUUUUGCGGAGAAGCGCGGCGCUUUCAUGCGCGACCAGCACUUCACGCUCGCGUGA